CUUUCUGGAAAGGCAGGGCAGCAAGUACCAUUAAUAUCCAUGGCUCCACAGACCCUGGAAAAGCUCUUUGACAAACUUGGCCACUUUGGAAGAUUCCAAGCAUCUGUCUAUUUCCUAGUCAAUUUCCAAACUAUAGCAUGUGGGAUCCACUAUUUGGCCUCUGUGUUCCUUGCUGCAACACCACAGUUUCUGUGCAAGCUUCCUGGAAAUAUGACCACAAUCCUCGUUUCAAAUUCUACAGCUGAUCCACGAGAUCUGUGGAACUUGUGGAUUCCAGAAUCACACAGUGUUAUUGCAAAAAUGGAAAAUGGAGAGAUCUGGGAGGCACAGCAAUGCAGUCGCUUCAAAAUAAAUGGGGGCAUCGAGCUGGAGAAUUACUUUAAGGGCAACAAAUCACGAUACUCGUGCUCUGAUGGUUUCUUUUAUGAUCAGAGCCACAUUGAAAACAGCAUUGUGACUGACUGGAACCUGGUCUGUGACAGAGCAUGGUUAGCAAAACUUAGCCAGCCCAUCUUCAUGCUUGGAGUCCUUCUCGGUGCUGUUGCAUUUGGCGACAUUGCAGACAGAUUCGGUCGACGAUCAAUACUGUGGUUCACAAGUGUAGCUCAAUUUGUGUUUGGAGUUGCUGUUGCAUUCACCAAUGAUUACUACAGCUUCAUCAUUGUCCGCUUCCUUUUGGCUCUGGUUGCCAGUGGCUACCUUGUGGUAGUAUUUGUUUAUGUGACAGAAUAUACCGGAUUGAAAGCUCGUAGUUGGGCCUCCAUGCAUGUCCAUGCAUACUUUGCUGUUGGCAUUAUGGUAGUUGCCUUGGUUGGAUUCCUAGUGCGGACCUGGCGGCUCUACCAACUUAUCCUGUCGAUUGUGACCGUUCCUUUCAUUUUUUUCUGCUGGUUGCUACCUGAGACACCUUGGUGGCUUUUGGCUAAAGGGCGAAUUGAAGAUGUCCAGAAGCUGGUUGACAGAAUUGCUCAAUGGAACAGAGUUAAGAUCCCCUGCCACCUCUCUGUGAUGCAGAUGAAUAGUCCUGAAGAUUCGACUGACAAGGAAGUUGCAAAUAAUCAACACAAGAUCAAACAAAAGAAAAUGAGCAUCUUGGAUCUUUUCCGUACCUGUGACUUGGUUAAGAGGACCAUAACCAUUUGGUUGGUGUGGUUCACAGGCAGUCUGGGCUAUUAUGUCAGCUCCUUGGGCUCUGUCAAUCUGGGUGGAAACGAAUAUCUGAACCUCUUUCUAGCAGGUGCAGUGGAAAUUCCUUCCUAUAUUGUUGCCUGUAUUGUGAUGGACAGACUGGGAAGAAGAAAUACAUUGGCACCAUCCCUCUUCCUGACUGGCAUUACCUGUGUUCUCAGCAUGGUCAUUCCUCAGGACAUUGAGGCUCUGUCUAUCACUCUCAGCAUGAUUGGAAAGUUUGCAAUCGCUGUAGCAUUUGGACUGAUUUACCUGUACACUGCUGAACUGUACCCUACUAUAAUAAGAUCAUUGGCUGUUGGCAGUGGGAGCAUGAUGGCCCGAGUUGGAAGUACAGUAGCCCCUUUUUGUGUUCUCCUUUCAUCAGUGUGGAUCUUCCUACCACAGCUGAUUGUUGGAAUUAUGUCUUUUCUGACUGGUUUCUUGACCCUUUUGCUCCCGGAGACGCUUGGGAGGCCUCUGACCCAGACCUUUGAGGAGGCUGCGGAACUGCAGAGGAAACUUAAGCAAAAGAAGGAAGCUUCCAAACGUAGAGGUAGUGGUGCUGGCAUGGUGAAGAUUGAGAAAGAAGACUAUAUCACUGAUGGUGUGGAGAAGUCAAAGGAAGAGCAGAAUCUAAUUGAACAUUUAACAAGGUUGUAA